AUGUUGGGUAACAGCAGCAGCCCCAAUUGCACUCUCCCCAGCCCACCUCUUCUGGAAGAGAUCUGCAAGCUCUUCGUCAUGGUCCUGCUGAUCUUUGCCAUCAUCCUGGGCAAUGUGGUGAGCCUCCUGGUCUUCCUGCAAGCCAGGCAGUUCAGGACUUCUCAGGGCUACCUGAAAGCCUCCUUGGCCCUGGCUGACCUGGCUGUGGGGCUCAUUGUGGUGCCCUACUCCAUAUACAGGGAGGUGAGCAGCUUAGCCUCUGGCAUGGGGCAGGGAAGCAGCAGUUGCUCUAUCCCAUCCUUGCCCUGCUUCAUCACCGGACCCAUCUUUGCCGGCUGCACCUUCGUCUCCAUCACCACCAUCUUCCUGCUGUCAGUGGAGAGGAGCGUGGCGGUGCUGAAGCCCCUGCACAAGAGGGCGGUGAUCACCAAGCGGCGGAUGGUCUGGCUUAUCCUGCUCUCGUGGUCCAUGAGCUUCUUGCUGGCAGUGGUGCCUAUGAUCUCCAGGUCGAUCACCACCUUGCAGCUGCCUGGCUCUGCCUGGAACGUCAUGCUGCUCUUCCCAGCCUUCGACUUCUCCCUGCUGGGAGGCACCUUCGCCAUGAACUUCAUCACCUUCGCCGCCAUCCACCAGUACUGCAAGGCCCGCAGGCAGCUGGGCAGUGAGGCACAGCACGGCAGCCACCUCUCCUUCUCUGACAUCACCGCGGCCAAGACUAUUGGCAUCCUGACCUUUGCCUUCUUGGCCUCCUUCAGCCCUAUCACCGUCUUCGUGGUGGGCUCCGUGCUGGGCUACCAGUGGUGUCAGUUCUCCUUCUAUGCCUUCUGGAUUCUGACCUCCAACAGCUGCUGGAACGUGGCCAUCUACAGCGCCUGGGACCCCAAGUUCAGGCAAGGAGUCAGGGAGCUGUUCAGCAAGCCGGUACUGAACUCUGCCUCCCAGCGCCCCAGCCGCUCCACGGAAGGGGACAGCUCAGCUCCAGCCUCUGUGGCUGUCUUCAAGGACAUGUUUCACCCAGAGAAUGCCUGA